AUGGAAUCACCAAGUAAUUAUUCAACUCCUCCAGUCUUCAAAUUCUUUCUCAUCUGCUUUCCUAACUACCAGAGUUGGCAGCACUGGCUGUCACUGCCACUCAGCCUUCUUUUCCUCCUGGCUAUGGGAGCUAAUGCCACUCUCCUGGUUACCAUAAAACUGGAAACCUCUCUGCAUGAGCCCAUGUACUACCUGCUCAGCCUCCUUUCCCUGCUGGACAUCGUACUCUGCCUCACUGUAAUUCCCAAGGUCCUGGCUAUUUCUGCAAGACUCAAAUAUUGUGCAGAACAUGUCAUACAAAACUGCAUCUGCACUAACUUGUCUGUAUCCAAGCUCUCUUGUGAUGAUAUCACGUUUAAUAGACUCUACCAGUUUGUGGCUGGCUGGACUUUACUGGGCUCUGAUCUUAUACUUAUCAUCCUCUCCUACUCCUUUAUACUGAGAGCUGUGCUCAGAAUCAAGGCUGAGGGUGCUGCAGCUAAGGCUUUGAGCACAUGUGGUUCCCACUUCAUCCUCAUACUAUUCUUCAGCACAGUCCUGCUUGUUCUGGUCAUAACUAACUUGGCCAGGAAGAGAAUUUCUCCAGACGUCCCCAUAUUGCUCAAUAUCCUGCAUCACCUGAUUCCUCCAGCUCUCAAUCCCAUUGUUUAUGGUGUAAGAACCAAGGAGAUAAAACAAGGCAUCCAGAGAUUACUGAGGAAGUUCUAUGUUUCAAAUAAUUAA